AUGGGAGUACCUCUACUUUCGACCCAACCAAGGACUACUCCAGGCAUCAACACACGCAGCCUAAAUUCCGACAUAAAUGAGUCACGAUACUUUGAUCAGUCAAGGAACUCAGAAGACCAUCCAUCAUCAGCUCAUGUUAGACUUGAUGAGAGCGGCUAUGAAGAUGAACAGGCCACAGGACUGAAGUACCGAGACGGAAAUCGGUUUAAAAGAGUACCGAAGCAUAUCGUUCGGGAUGACUGGACCCGCUUCCUUCACGGAUGGAUAGUCCAUAUACCUGCCUUGCUUGUGACUAUUGCCAUCUUGGUUAUUGGCACUUGUAAAUUUUAUUGGUAUCCAGAAGAGGGCCCUCUCAUAUCGAAUUACCGAGUCGACGCCGAUACGAUCAGCAAUGUUCUCCAACUUGUCGCCAAACUUCACGAGCUUCUCAUUGUGGCGUCGCUGUCUUCCAUCGCUCUAGCUAUGUUUCGGAGAUCUCUGGUUACUGAUGGUGUUCGCUUGGGAUUUCUUACAGGCGGUUAUCGAGUUGGUGACCUGGCCUACCUUAAAAGCGCCGCAUUUUGGCGGCAAGGUCUCGAUAUAUCGACCCCUUGGGGUUUGUUGCUUCCUAGCUUCGUUGUUUUUGCUACUCUUAUGUCCACAAUUGUCGGACCUGCCUCUGCUGUACUGCUUGUACCGACUUUGGACUGGUACGAGAUCGAUAAUUCAAUCGCCUUCAGCAAAAUCGAGCUUCCUCUCAUAUACGCGUGGAAACGGAACAACAUUUGGGUUCCAAAUCGAAAGAAAGCCCCAGACAAUUGCGGCGGGGUUGAAGGCUUAUAUCAAGACUCCUGUCCAGCAGGAGGGUUCCCCGAAAUAUCCAACUGGCUACGAGACUUCCCUGCCACUGACCUAAGGAAUAAUUUGACUUUUCAUUCUACUUCGGCCGAUCUACGAAGGCACCUUGUUUUCACAUUAGCGAAUAGCACCCAAAAUACCAGCCUUACCACGCUUUGCACUACCCCACCACACUUUCUAACGAAUAGUGUCGGCCUCUUUCAGAAGUAUAUAGACCACGCUGAUGUUGGCGCUUUGUCGAAAGAGCCUCGAUAUAGGCUUCGAACUGAGAAUAAAAGCGCUAUCAAAUCCCAAUCACAAGACAAUUCGACAUUAUAUCAGCCAUUUGUACAGUCCAAAUGUGCAGUAUAUGACAAGGAAGAGUUGGCCAAGGACACAUCACCACUUUUUUACCCCGUCGACUCUCUUAACUGUUUUAAUGACAAGGAAUGCCAACUUAUCCAAGAAAGAGGCAUUCUGUACAACAAAAGCUGGCUCCCAAAUCAGAAGCUCGACAAUAAAUCAGUUGCGAGCCCGUUCAGGUUUCCCACUAAUUCUCCUAUCAUCUUAAUCGACGGACAAAUCCCAGAUGAUUCCUCCGGCGAGCCAGGGCACGCCUUUUAUCUUUGUAACUUACUUGCAAGUUGGGCACCAUCAAACUUUACGUUGGACCCCAGAGUUGACGACGCAUUACAAUCCUCCUUGGGCAACGCCAAUGUGAUGAGAGACUUGUACCAAAAUAGAAUCCCCGACGAUGUUCGAAACCUGCUAUUUUCUAAGGAAUGGUUUGAAGCUCUUAAUCCGACUUGGGACGAAGGGGACUACACAAACAUGACGGCGCUCUGGCGGCUCGUCCAGAACUUCUCGUCAAAGGAAAGGUUGGACGGGAAGACUCAAGCUGCUCUGGCAUUCGUUGAACGGCACGACAAUGUCGCCAAUUACACUGCAGCAGAAAUAAUACUAGCCCGAGUAUUUGGGGUCUGGUUAACUGACGGCUUAGCAAGGAGUACUUUUGAACAUCAGAGCACGCAAUUAGUACUCAACAAGACCGAGGAUCGCCAGCUCACGUACAUCAAACUCAACGAACGAUACGGAGUUCGUGGCGGUAUUCACACUUUGACGACUCUCAACUCAACUUUCUAUCGUGAGACUUGGCGGGGCCAGACGACAGAUCACAACGGAACUAUAGCAAAAUUUCGACAAAGGUUAGAAAAUUUUACGCAUAUCCAUAUCGUCGCUGAACGUCAUGGAUACGGAUCUGGUCAUGAGCGUCGUACUUUGCAGUGGGCCCAAGCUAUCAUGGGUAUCUACCUCGGGAUUGUGGUUAUUUAUGCGUCGUGGGUGGGAAUUCUGACUCUGGUCGACAUUUUGACAUCAGAGUCAAGCCGCAGUCAACCUCGCAUUUUGAGCAUCAUACCGUGGUCAGAUCUACAGGACCUAGUUCUACUUGCAUUAAGAACGCCGGUCCCCAAUGACUGGGGCUUGGCAGAUGCUGGUGCGGGCGUUAGCUCCAGCAGGGUCUGA